AUUAUAAUAACAAGACACAUGUAAAAAUAAAUUAGGAAAAAAUUGGCCUAAAGAACGUAAAUAUAACCUAUAUGUUGCGGAAAACAUUGUUCAACACGCGCUUAGUGCAAGAAGUACGCAAGAUGAGUGUUUUUAUACAAAAACUAAACCCAAUAACAGGUGUCAACGACUGGAUUGUGCAAAACGAAGAUUAUGACUAUUAUCAAGAAGUUGCGAGGUCCGCAUUUGCGGACAUGUUACACGACACCGAAAGGAAUCAACUUUACGAAAAAGCUUUAAAGGCCGCAAUAGAAAAAAUGCAUUCCAGAGGUAAAAAGGCGAACGUUUUGGAUAUUGGCACUGGAACAGGCCUUCUGUCCAUGAUGGCAGCAAGAAAUGGUGCUGAUUCGAUCACUGCCUGUGAGGCAUUUAAGCCGAUGAGUGAAUGUGCAAAGAAAAUAGUUGAAUUAAACGGUUUUAAAGACAAAAUAAAAAUUAUUCCAAAGAGGUCUACAAACUUAACAGUAGGCCCUGACUGUGAUUUACCUGAAAGGUGCAAUAUAUUAGUCACUGAAGUAUUUGAUACUGAAUUAAUUGGUGAAGGUGCAUUAUCAACUUACAAUCAUGCUCAUAAAUGUUUACUGGAGGAGGAUUGUAUAGUGGUUCCACAAUCGGCAACAAUUUAUGCCCAAAUUGUUGAAUGUCCCCUAAUUCAAAACUGGAAUAAAUGUAAAAAUAUUUACAAUGAUGAUGGAAAGCUUUUGCUCUCAGUCCCAGAGAAAGUUACCUCAUGUCCUGGCUCAACAGCAGUACACGAUUUACAACUAAGCCAGAUACCUAGUAACUUAAUUAACACAAUUGUGUCCCCAAUUCCUGUGCUCCGCUUCGAUUGGUCUGGCAAAACACCUUUUGUUUAUGAAAGAUCCACAAUAAAUAACGUAAAAGCCGAAAACUCUGGAACAGCUCAGGCCGUGUUUAUAUGGUGGGACUUGGAAAUGGACACGGAGAAUAAAAUAAUAUUGUCCUGUGCACCCAAAUGGGCACAUCCACUGACAAAAUCAAAUCCAACUGCCAAAAUACCUUGGAGGGACCACUGGAUGCAAGCUGUAUACUAUUUUCCCAAAGAAAUAACAGUAAACAAAGGAGAAGAAAUAAACCUAAUUAGUUGCCAUGAUGAAUACUCACUCUGGUUUAAUCUUAGUAAAGAUCUGCGAAUAACUGAAAUGCAUUACCUAAAUCCUAUUUGUGAAUGUGGUUUACAUGUUGCUUUUUCAAGGACAAGAAUUGGACAGAUCAAUGAUUUCAAAAGGAACAAAAGAUAUUUAUCGUUACUAAAAAAAUACGUAAAAAAAGACAGUGAAGUAAUUAUUUUAAGUGAUGGCUUUGUGUUCGGUUUAGUUGCAGCCAAACUAGGAGCGAAGAAAAUUUAUUUUAUUGAGAAUAAUUAUUUGUCAAGCAAGAUUGUUGAAGAAUAUAUUAAAUAUAACAAUCUUACAAAUGUUGAAGUUGUCACAUUAGAUAAAGUUGAAGAAGUUGAUUUUGGUAAUGUGGAUGUGGUAUUCUCUGAGCCAUACUUUGUAAGCAGUAUUUUACCUUGGGAUAACUUAUUGUUCACAUAUAUUUUAAAAUCUCUUAAAAAAUAUUUACCAGAUAAUGUUAAAAUAUUCCCUCAAGAAGCUGUAAUUAAAGCAGUAGCUGUUCAAUUUGAAGAUCUCCAUAAAAUUAGGUGUCCCUUAGGGAAAUGCGAAGAUUUUCUGAUGAAAGACUUUGAUGAUUUAAUUGAGGCAUCUAGUACAAUUAGUGAUGAUAAUGUUGAAGCUCAACCCUUGUGGGAGUAUCCUUGCAUUGCAUUAAGCAAUGAUCUGGACAUUGCAAGAUUGGAUCUUUUGGAUAUUCCUGAAAAUCCAACAGAAAUUAAAGGAGAGUUCAAACUCCUUAAGAAUUCUGUAUGUAAUGGAAUCGCAUUGUGGGUGGAAUGGUUACAUGAAAAAUCCUCAGAUACAAUUAUAACAACCGGACCUACACAACCAAUUAUCCCAGGAGAAAAAAUUGAAUGGGACAUACAUACUAGACAAGGAGUGUGUCUAUUUUCUAACAUAUCAAGGGACAGAAUCAAUUAUAAUUUUAAAUUUGACUAUAAAGAAGGAAAUAUUAGUUUUAAGCAUAAUUGAUUUUAUUCAAUGUUAUGAAUUGACUUCAUAAUUUUGUAAUAAAAUUGACAAUACAUAUA